AUAAAGAAACGAGCAUGCCCACACCACCGUGCAAGUACAGCACUCACUCCAGAUCGAUUCAUUGACAAGAAUGCAGUGCACAUCUGUGAAAUAUGCAAGCAUGCUGUCGAUGGUGCAAUAGAAACGCCAUGCUGUGGGGAUUUGUUCUGCGUGGACUGCAUGUGCGAGUGGCUGGAACGCAACAGUGUCUGCAAAUCGUGCCAUGAGCAGCUGAUGGCAUCACGGCUACGCCACCCGGGCAAAGCGCUAAGCAAAUCAGCCAACAAUAUAUCCAUUCGAUGUGAUCACUAUGAGCCAUCUCUCAAGGGCUGCCCUGACGUUGUGUCUCUUCACAGACUACAGGAGCAUGUUCAAGAGUGUGCAUUCAAUCCGCAGAACACACGCAUGAAACCUGUCCGGUCAGUUCGUCCAUCAUCCGCCGUAGCCGACGUCUUGACGGCAUCACCUUCAAAACUGAAAGGAAACAUUGCCACUAAUCUGACUGCUCGUCUAGUCACGGCACGCGUUGAGGAAGGGAGAUUAGAAGUGAAGACAGGAGAUGGAGGAAGAGGCAAACCCCAAGUGUACCAGUUGACACCAGAAGGUAGCGUACCCUCCACUGAGGCAUCGGCCUCGACACUCCGUCGGCGAGAGGCUGAACUCACCCGCAUUGCAGAAUCGGUAUGCGGUGGCUCUGACGGCGCACGUGUUCAGAUGAUUGCUGGACUGAAGCGCCUUUCGCUAUCUGCACAGGAGCAGCUCCUCCAAGAUGCUGGACUAUGCAGCAGCACGCCAGCUCCUGGAACGGCUUUGGCUAUUAAAGCUGAUCUGCAGCUCCCCUGGGCAAAGCUGCGAAAACUGAGGCAGUGGCUGAAGGUGAUGGGUAUCACCCUAGAAUCGGAACAGCACGUGCGCGAGUUCGUAGCUAGGACACUGCCAAAGUAUACAGCGCUUGACCUACCCUUCGCCCAAAAGGAUGGAGAGAUGUCAAUGGCAGCAGCUGUAUUCUUCCCUGACUUGAUCAGCGUUGUUCUUCACUUUCUGGAUGUCCUGAAGGAGAGUGAUCGGCUAUCAUGGCAUUCUGGAGCUAUCCCCGCAUCUGAGAUAUGGUUAAAAGUCGGUGGCGACCACGGUGGCGGAAGUUUCAAAUUGAGUAUGCAGAUUGCAAAUACUGACAACCCGAAUGCCACGAGGAACACGAUCCCAGUGCACAUCUUCAACGAGAAGGACAGUGCAGCAAACCUGGAGACAGCGCUUGGGCAGUACCGCCCCCAACUGGAGCAGCUGCAGCUGACCCACUGGGAGGGGAAACAGAUACGCGUCUUCUUGUUUGGAGACUAUGAAUUCCAAACGGUCAACUAUGGUCUCUCUGGAGCAGGCGGUCUGCGUCCAUGUCUCCACUGCCAUUGUCUGAAGACGGACAUGGCUCGUUGCCAAGAGGAGAGAUGUAGCGAGGACAAGCGGCCGCGCUCACUCCAGACCCUCGCGCAUGACCAUGCCAAGUAUGUUGAAGCUGGCUCGAGGCUUUCACAUGCAAAGCAUUUCAACAACGUCAUCCGCCACUGCAUUCUGCCAGUACCGAUCAGCAAUGCGAUCAUACCGAUUCUGCACUUGGAUCUUGGAAUUUUCAAGUGGAUGUUCGAUGCCAUGUUGAAAGAGAUCCGUGAGCUCGACACCCAGAUUGCUGCUAAGUGUGCUGCCAUUGAUAGUGACCCGGCCGCAUUUUCGAAACUUUGCCAGCUCCAUGCUGAAGUGCGGUCUGUAGAGUUGGCCAUGAACGAUGCCGCUGUGCAGAAACACACAAUUCAGCAGCAGUUGCAAUUCGUUGCACUUCAUGCGCAGCAACACGUGGACCAGGAUGUCGUGGGAGUAGUUGCAGAAUUGCAGCAGCUCCACCAGACAGCUGUACAAACACACGACCUGCACAGCACCAAGCACACCAGGCUGCUGAAUGACAUCCAGAAGGUCACUGGCAGUAAGGGUUUUGAAGGGCCAUGCUAUUCCUCAGUCGAACCCGUCCUUCAAGACCACCUCAUCAAACGCCAAGUAUACCACAGUGGUUCCUUCGUUGGAAAUCAUGUGCAUCGAGCAUUGCAGCCCACUGUUGUCACUGCAAUAACAAGUGCCCAUGUUCCUGUUGUCCAGACUCGCUGUCCUGAACUGCUGCAGAACGCUCAAGACAUCUCGAAACGGUAUGAAGGCCUGAUGACGGGAUACGCCUCUUGUUGAGCUGAUUUUUCGCACUGCAAUCAAAUCAGCAACGACGACAUUGCGAGGCUCCAGAAG